AUGGCAUUAUAUAGCAUCUUGAAUUUGUUCUUAUGUACUGCUGCAUUUCUUUCAUUGCUUCCGUUAACGGCCACAUCAACAUCCAUAACACAAGCAGAAGCUCUUGUUAGGUGGAAGACUACCUUAUCAUCGUCUUCUUCUUCAAUGAAUUCGUGGUCGUCAAGUAACAUUCAGAAUCUUUGCAACUGGACUAGUAUUGUCUGCAAUGAAGAAGGUACGGUUUCUGAGAUAAACCUUCACGAUUCAUCUCUCACUGGAACACUAGCUGAAUUCAACUUUUCUUCGUUCCCAAAUCUAACCCGUUUUGAUUUAAGAAAAAAUAAUCUCAGUGGUUCUAUUCCAUCCACCAUUGGCAAUGUUUCAAGUAUGCCAACAUUAACUUUCCUUGAUUUGUCAGUAAACCAACUGAAUGGCUCCUUACAUGAAUCAUUUUUCACCAACUUUCGCAAUCUUGAAUACCUUAAUCUCACAAAUAACUCGUUUCAAGGUCAAUUAUCAACGAGCUUUUACAAACUUUCAAACUUGAAAAAUCUUAGUCUAGGAUACAACCAAUUUUCAGGGGUACUUUUGCAGGAUUUAGAUUUGAUGCCAAAUCUUGAAGUUAUUGAGUUGAAUAACAAUUUCUUUGAAGGAGAGAUACCUUCUUCUAUUGGUUAUCUCCAAAAUCUUUGGUACCUAGAUCUCACUUCCAAUCGACUCAAUUCUUCGAUUCCUUCUGAGCUUGGAUUGUGUUCCAAUAUCUCCUUCUUAGCACUAGCCGAAAACUCAUUCUCAGGGGUGUUGCCUUUGUCUUUGACCAAUCUGACAAAGCUUUCUAACUUAAACAUAUCUGUAAACAAUCUUUCUGGUGAAAUUUCUUCUGAUCUUAUCACAAACUGGACAAAUCUCGUCAUUCUCAGUCUCUUUGAAAACAAAUUCAGAGGGCCCAUUCCGCCAGAGAUAGGAAACUUGAAAAAUCUUCAAAAGUUGAUUCUUGCAAUCAAUCCUCUUUCAGGUUCAAUACCUUCAACACUUGGAAACUUGGCUAAUCUUCGAACUCUGCAGCUAUUCAGAAACAAUCUUACUGGAACAAUACCACCCGAGCUCGGAAACUUGACGUCACUUGUUAAACUUGAACUAAACUCAAACCAGUUGACCGGAGAGUUUCCUCGUAGUUUCCUAAAACUAUCUAACCUGACUGAUCUUUCGGUGUUUGGCAACAACCUCUCGGGUAGUAUCCCUGCAGAAUUAGGCAAGAACCAUCCAUUUUUGAUAAAUGUCAGAUUAGGGAGCAACAGGUUCUCAGGAGAACUACCUUCAGAUUUGUGCAGUGGUUUCAAGUUCGAGAGGUUCACCGUGAAUAACAACAACUUCACCGGGUCAUUGCCAGAUUGCAUAAAAAACUGCACCAGUUUAGUUCGGAUUAGACUGGAUGGAAACCAGUUCUCCGGGGAUAUUUCACAAGUAUUUGGCUUUCACCCAAAUCUCGAAUACAUCAAUCUUAGUGACAAUAAUUUUACAGGUGAAAUUCCUCCUCAGUUUGGAAACUUAAAAAGCUUAACCAAUCUGGAAAUGCAAAGGAACAGAAUUUCCGGGAAAAUUCCAUCUGAAAUAGGAGAUUUGCAACAAUUACGUGUUCUAAGACUACAACAGAACCAACUUAGCAGUGACAUUCCAAAUGACUUGGGUAAACUCAAAAAUCUACUCGAUCUCAAUCUUAGUAGCAAUCAGUUAAGCGGACAAAUCCCUCUAAGGGUAGGCGACUUAACCAGUCUCGCUUCACUUGAUCUCUCACAAAACGAGCUGAAUGGAAGCAUACCAACAACACUAGGCGAUUGCACUAGACUAUUAGGCUUAAACUUAAGCAACAAUCGUUUAUCAGGAAUAGUACCACUUGAGCUACGAAACUUAGCCCAAUUACAAAUUAUGUUAGAUCUGAGCAGCAACUCGUUCUCCGGUAGUAUCCCUCAAGAUCUAGCUAACACGCUCCAAUAUCUUAACCUCUCACACAAUAACUUUUCAGGCCAAAUUCCCCAAAGCUUAUCUACUUUCAUGAUCAGCUUAGAAACUAUCGAUCUUUCAUACAAUAACUUGUCAGGACCAGUGCCAAAUGAAGGUGUUUUCGAGCAAGCACCGGCAACAUCCUUCAGAGGAAACCCGGGUCUAUGUGGAUCAGAAAAGGAAUUAGUCCCUUGUAAAGGUGAUACUGCAACAGACAAGCCCAGAAAUUAUAAGCUUCUUAUUGCGGUUCUUGUAAUGGUCGCCGUUCUUGGUUUGAUAGCAUCCAGCAUUGCCUUAUAUUGUAUGUUCAUACAAAAAAGAUCAAACCCAAACCACAAAGAAGUUACAGCCUAA